AUGCAGGUGCAGUUGUGUAAUUCUAAUCAUUUGUAUAAUGUGAUAUUCCUCAUCUGUGGAAUAAAUUUCAUUGCAAUAGCAGGCCUCCUUCUUGGUGUUGCAGACCACUGUGCAAUUGAUGUCAAAUCAUCUUAUUCAAAUGAACACACGCACACUGUUGCCAUUAAUGAAAGACACAUUCGGCAAGAAAUUUCUUCAAUUGGAAAAACUUCAAGAAGCUUACCAGAUUUAAGCAUUGCAUAUACGCAAAUUGAAGGUUUAUUACAUAAAUCAACAAUUAUUGUGUUAAUUUACGUUAUGAUUAAAACAAGUGCCCUGUUUCCAAAAAGGGCAUUGGUGUCACAAGAGUGCACUACUUACCUACAUCAUUCCAACCUGGUUCAACCUGAUCAGCACCCAAUUAGCAAUUUCAAUCCAAAAUAUAUUGACACUGAUAACCAAGUUGUUACAUACAAAUCAGACACUAAACAAUCUUACCUUGUCAAAGCCCAGAUUAACAAAUCUAGUUCCCAGAACCUCCCCAAUUCCAGCCAAUUCAGUCACAGAAUUACUCAAGGUUCAACCAUCCAAUACUGUAAACACCCGCCGAACCAGCGACGGGCAGCGGCGGUUGGUUUGGCCGCGUUAACCUCUCCUGAGCCUGACGUUGUAGUGCAAACCAGAGAGUAUUACACUGAAGAAAAUACUACCAACACAACAAGUGAUACUUUGCACCACGGCCAUCCUAAAAGACAGAAGAAAAUUGGGAAAAUGCCAAAACAUAUCACAUGGCAGAGAAAACGGGAAGAGAGAGCGGUUUUAAUUGCAACGUUAGACAAGCUCUUUGAUAUCUUCAAUUGCAAGUGUGAAAUUAAGUCAUGUUCAAAAUUUGAGGGUCCAUUUCCAGGUGGUGCUGAUUGUAAACAUGAAGUCCACAUCUCCUCUUGUUCCAAGGAUAUAAAGAUCCCUGUCAAAGAACUAUUAUUUAUCAAUAGUCAAUGUGAUGUUGCAUCUGUUGGACAGCAUCAAAUUGGAUUACCAGAUCUACCUGGAGCAGAAGAGAAAUUAAAAAGCAGAAGAGGCAAGAUGGUGAAUUAA